AUGCCUUCUCCUCCUACGUUUCCUUGGGCAUCCGAGCAAAGAAAUGAGAGAUUGAGACGUUUCUAUGAGAGGCAUUUGGAGAUUUAUCAAAUCGCAUUGGCAAGACGUCCGGAAGGAGGGCAAGGAUUUCCAUUUCCAAUGAUGACCAUCGUGUUCACUGACGACGAAUUGAUAGCAAUGCGUGGUCCAAUUAUCCAAGAACUGACUCCGGAGGCACUAGAACUGAAACUUGCCGAUCUCAAGGAAAUGUCAACUUGCACACUAAAAACAUUCAUUACUAAGUUGCGCUACUGUCUUCAACCUUUCGACUGCAGACAAAACAAUAAAGCCCUCCCUUUCAUACCUCUCAUUCAGCUCACAAUUCAAAGUGAAGACGGCCAGGAAAAACGAAUCGAGCGGUAUCCGUACACAUUCAAGUUGCACGAAGCAAUGAGAAAAUUGUGUGGGAAAUUGUUUGGAGGCCGGAACUCGAUAGUUCAAGUUAACAAGUUUUCCCUCAAUAAUAUAAACUUCGUGCUCCGAAUUCCAGAAGGAUUGAAUAUCCGAAUACGAAAUCUGAGACUUGGAGAAAAACGAAUUAAACGACUCGAAGCUCUGAAAAAUUUGAUCGAUGAAUCAAGUUAUCCUCUUGCUUCACUCAUCAUUCACGGUUCUUGUUACGAAGCCGAUCAUUUUGCACACUCCACUUUAACAAGUGCCCGACAGCUUAUUCUGGAAGGAGAGUUACCAGAUGAUAUCACUGAUCUAUUGAAUUUGAAAAACACAGCUGUGUGCUUCAAAUACAGUUGGUCUCGAGAUUUCUCUAAUGAGGAGCUUCUAGCUUUUGCUGAAAAUAUUGUCACAGAAGUAUUCCCUAUUGGCACCUAUCGAUCGUUCAAAAUUUUUCAAGAAGAACGAAUCAAGAACCUACUGAAUCAAGUUAGGGAAAAGUUUAAUGGAAGAACAAAAAAGAGCAGUGCUUCUAUCGCAAUGGGAAACGGCUCCAAGCUCAGAAUCUUUUACAAAACUGAUCCAAGACAUCAAGAGCACAAGAAAUGGCUUCUCAUUAUGAAAGUUGUGCCUGCUUGA